UUUUUUUAUGGCCGCGGAUUCCUUGUUUUGACGUUCUUUCAUCUUGUAAUAAAGAGGGGAUUUUCACACAUUGCAAAUUGGAAUCGAGCGUAUUAGCCGCCAAAAAGAAUUUUAUAAUUAAUUAUCUACUUAAAGCUAUCAAUCUGGAAGUACUACAAGCAACUCGAGAGGACGCUAAUAUGACGUCCGUUGCCAGGAGAAGAGAACAAGAUGAUUCCGGCGAAUACUCUGAUGCAUCUCAGGAUGUUGAGAACUGUAACUCUGGAAACGAUGCUGGUCAGCAGGAGAGUGACUAUGACUCUCAAGGGAGUGACUCUGACCAUUCCGAAAGGGAUCCAGAUAAUCAGGAGUCGGAACGUCGCGUCGACGACGACGAGGAUAGAAGCAAUCCGCAGUAUAUCCCCAAGCGCGGGACCUUCUACGAACAUGACGAUCGAACUGCAGCCAGUGGUGAAGAAUCAGCUAAUACCACAUCAGAAACCGCUUCGGAGAAGAAAGAAGGGAGCGAGACGCCGGCAGAGCGCCGCAGGGCUCCGCGGAAGUCCGACAUUAUCAAUAAAUGGUCCCACGACAAAUAUAAUGAAAACGAACAGAUGCCAAAAUCCCGCGACGAACUGGUAGCCAUAUACGGCUACGACAUCAGAAACGAAGAUGCUCCACCCCACGCGCGCCGUAAUAGGAGAUAUGGCCGUGGCCCCAACAAAUACACACGUACAUGGGAGGACGAGGAAGCGUACAGACGUCAGAAUGCUGCGCAAGCGCAGCCUCGCAAGCCGCCCAACCCGGAGGACUUCCCCGAACUCAACGCUGCUAACAAUAAGCAGAAGCGCACCCCCCGGCCCCGCUCGAAGUCUCAGCCGGCGUCUAACGACGGCUCCGACGGCGGCUCCCAACAGUUGCGUCGGAACGCCUCCAUCAAGACGCCCAAAGCUAAGACCGAACGACCCGAUCGGAAGACUAAUAACAGGGUGGUGAGUAAUAACUCCAACAAGCCGUCGCCGAAGCAACCGCACCGAGAGAAGUUACCACCGAUUGAAAACCUCACGAUAACUGCUACAGUUUUCAAUAAUAGUCAAGGUCAAGGUCAGAGGAAGGUGAACUCGGUGGCGCAGCAGAGGCCCGUGCCCACCGAACUGAACAAACCCGCGCCCAGACCUCAGCAGCCCCAAUCGCAGAGUAACACCAACAAGUCCCCUCCUCAAACAGCACAGCAGAAGCCUACAACACAGAAUAACCAACAGCCAGCUUCAGGACCGGAGCCCCGCGGAGGCAGCAAACGUUACAGCAGUCUCCGCCAGCGGCCGCUCGCCGAGACGUACUCCCCACAACAGCAACAACAGCAACAGCAACAACAACAGCAACAGCAGGUCCCAGCACAAACGCAACAAACACAACAGCCGCAGCAACAACAACAGAUCAGAUAUAAUGAGUACCCGGCCAAUUCCCAAAGCGGUUCACAACACCAGGGCAGCCCUGUGCCUCAGAUGCACCCGCAACAGCUUUUACACCAGACGCGGUGCGCGGUGCCGCCGGCGCACGGCCCGUCGCCGCCGCUGCAGCACACGCAGCAGGUGAGAUUGGGGAUACUGGAGCAACAGCAGUUGGUGUCCCACCCUCAUCAUCAACUCCACAACAUACCACAACCACAUGCCAUGGGUCAGUUACAACCAGCUCAAGGUUAUGCUCCUCCAGCAAUGUUGCCGGCGCAGUAUAUGCAGCCGCCUUCGCAGACUGGCAACACAGGCGUGCUGUGCAACCCCAUGUUCCCGCAGCCCGCCGCCCCUUAUCCUCACCCGCAGGUCUACCCGCACCAUAAUUACGCGACACAAGCGGGCGGAGUUACAUACUACAGUUGUGCGGAACAGGAACAGUUGCCUCGCGCUCAGAGACGCCCAACUGCGGCCAUACCCAUAGUGAGGCCGCACAAUGAUAGGCCAGCGAAUUCCUCUGAAAAGGACAAUAUUGAUAGGAUUGUCGAGAAUAUGUUCGUUAGAAAGCCCUGGCCGACCACACACGGCGCCGAUUCAAAAGAGAAGCCACAGACUGAAAAUCGCAGUUCCCAAGAGCCACAGAGCAAAGAAUCCUCACAACCCAACAGUCUAACGUCCAGCUCAAUAUCAACUGACUCGAAACCGUCCGAGAUUAAAGAAGAUGUAAAAACAGAAGAGCCAAAAGAAGUAGAACUAAAAGAUACGACCGAAGAAAGCAUAUCAACGGACGCCUGACUGGUAAGGAUAAAGUAUUACGAGGCUUAUCAAGCGAAAUACUAUAGCGGAAGGUAAUUUUUUUAUUAGGACGGUCACACAAAGUAAAUUUUUUUAGGGCAACAUUGUGUUGUACUAUAGUCCGCGUAAAUGGCGAAGGUAAUUUCGGUUAUUGACAUUUAGGUACAGACUUAAUAUUUUAACUUUAGUGAGUGUACUCGCUAAUGAAUACUAUUUAUUGAAUGUAGGUUUGAAACUUAUGAAACAUUGUUGAAAUGUAAGGUUAAAAAGUUAUGUGACAAAUUCUUCUAAAAGGCUCAUAAUUUGAACGUUAUGCCUCGCGGCUUAAUCAAUACAGUUUCCAUUUUAGAUAAUAUAAGUUUUUUUGAAAGCUGGUUCUUUAUUUCCGAAUGUUUCUCAGAAUACGUAAACAUGUAGUGAUGAUCUUAUGACGUUAAAAUUCCUUGAUACGUAUCAUACUUGUCGAACAAAAUAAAUGCUAAGUUGUUGCAUUUAUUAUGCUAAUUUUUAUAUGCUAGAUAUAUAUAUAUAUAUAUAUAUAUAUAUAUAUAUAUAUAUAUAUUCGAAAAUAAACCAAUUUAUUUAUUUUAUGUACUAUGUCACUAACAUUUAUCUCUCCGUAUCUAAAGUAGUAGAAUAACGGUUAUUAAGGCUUAAUUAAUUUUUCAAUACAUUUGGUCGAAACUUUACAACGCUUUUGUUUUAUUUGAAGGUGUGUUGAAAAAGUUGUGCGACACAAGCGUUUGAUACUCCGACUUAUCAUAGCGCUCGGCUUUACCUCGCGCGAAAAUCUGACCUUUCGCGUAAUAUGACCAACAUUUGCAAGUUUGUAUCAUAAUGUACUAUAUUUAUUCCUAUAGGUUUAUCGAUCAUGAAAUCGUGAGUAGAUACUUGAUUUUCUGUGCGUUUUAGAAACGGACUAUAAAAAUAACAUUAAGUUUAAAAAAAAUCUUGACUAUUUCACCGUGUGACCGUCCUCUCAUAUCGUGUUCUAAAUUUAACUUUGGGCUGUGUUAAUAAUCUGGUAAUCUGUUUAGGCUGAUUUAAAUAAAAUAUAAUCAUUUUCCGUAUUGAUUUUGAACCUUAUUUCUUCGACAUAACGACCUUAAAACUACCUGAGGUAAGAAUCUUGCCUACAAUAUGAAAAAACUUAAUAAAUUCUAAAUGUAUAUAAAAUUAUUAUUUUACAGCCGUUUUAAACGGUUAUUCAAUGGGCUAUUUUAGGUCACAAAAUAAGCGACAUCUUUUUUUCCAAUCUUAGCCUGUCAUGCAUUUUAAAUUAAUAUUUAAGUAUCUCAAAAUUUCCAAGAAUCAUAUUCGUGAUUGGUAUUUAGCCCAAUUAAGUAAUUAUACAUCACAAAAAUGUCGUAACAUCGUGUUCUUUUGUGUUCAUAAAUGUAUUUAAUCGAGGUGCAAGUGUUAAAUUGUAGUUAUAACACCACCGUUUUAAGAAACCCGAUUAAAUUGAUGUCUUUUUGUUGUAAUGUACAGUUUCACUACAAAUCAUUGUGCAAAGUUAAACAUAUAUGACAUUUCACGAGAAAAUUUACGUUAUGCGGGUAAGCCUUAAGACUUAAUUUUACUUGCUCAUUUUUAUUAUACACUAGCGGACUAUCCCGGCUUCGCUUGUGUAAAACGUAAUAAAUUAUACACCAAAAUCCAGUACAAUAGUUUUUGAGUUUAUCGCGAACAGACAGACUGACAGACGCGGCUGAGGACUUGUAAGGAGGCGCAUAAUACGUAUUAAGCGACUGCCCUCCAUAAGGUAACGUUUCUCGUGGAACGUUGUAUUAUUAUCCACUUAUAAUGAAAAGUCACUGACAACAAGAAAAUUCAUCUUAAAGUUGGAGGGUAAUGUGUUUGCUUGCAUACCGCAUAUACGUUUGCCCAUUAUGAUAUAAAAAAAAAAACUUACCGCACCGCUUCCAUCAGGUACGAUGUCGUUAAUUGAAAAUUAGCUUUAAUGCGUUCUCUGUAGACAUACUUUACGUUGGCAAGACGAUUUCAACAGUUCGCUAAUUUGUUGUCAAUUUAAAGUGUGUCUACUUAGGACGCCUUAAAGCUCAUUUUCCAUUAACGCCGUCGUAACUGGUGGGAGCAGUGUGGUGUAAGUGUUCAUUUAUGUGCAUCCCGCUUAGUAUGAGGAUCUUAAUGUUCGGUUUCCAUUUAAAUCAGCUUUUAUAGAUAUUUAAAAUAAAGUUUCAUAAAAAUAUCUUAAGGGGCCUUCACCGCUUCAUUUCCAUCUGGCUGUAUACGUGGCUAUGUUACGUUGAUAUACGUCGCUGCACUGCAGUUGUGGCAAACAAUACUACGUUGUUCCGUUGACGGAGUGCAGCGCGACGGAACAGUUGGGCCGCGCUUUUAUCUGUUUUUUUUUUUUCAAAAUUACAUUUUAUUUUGAGAUAUUAGAGUUCACUUCUUUAGAAAAAUUACUUUAGGUAAUGACUUUCAAGAUUAUUUUCUUUUUUGAUUUACAUGAAUUAUGAUAAAUAUAUUUAAAAGUGAGAUCUCAAAAAUAAAUUGAUGAAAAACAUUGAUUUCAAAUUCCAUUUUGUUCAGUAGUCUAAAUAUCCGCUCCUUAGCCCAAUGAGAAUCAAGUGUGGGAGUGAGACAACGAUAAUGUGAGCAGACGUAUAAUGGAAUUGAGAAUGGCAAAAAAACAAUCCAACAUUACAGAAUUUUACUUGAAAAGUGCGCUUACAUAAAUUAAUCGAUUGUAUGGAACAUGUUACAUGAGCUAUUACUACGUUGUUUUCGAUUUAAAAACUGUAAAAUUUAACUUUAAUGUAUGUUUGUGCGAUAUGAUAUUAAAAGCUUAGGUGUAAAUUGUGUAAAAGGGCUAAUUGAAGGAUUUAAAAUAUUUUUUUUUUAUCAUGAGUGAAAAAUUUUGUGAGCUUUGCGAAAUGGCAAUAAUUAUUAAAUUUAAUAUAUAUGUUACAGCGAAACCCCGAAAUACAACUACACGUAUUUUUAGCCGCCUAGAUCUAGGUGUCUCAGUUGGCUAGAUCUAGGUUUAGUCUUUAUUAUCUUGGCUAAACCUAGUUUUAGCUCCACUUCGGGGUUAAGCCGGAAUAUAUAUACAAUCUGAGGUCAACUUGAUUUUCUGAACCAGAUUUCUGAAUACAUUUUAUGUAGCAUAUAAAAUAAAGACUUCAAUGUAAAUCAUUGCAGCCGGUCGCGCAUCUCUUGUUGCCCUGCCUGGAUUUUUAUGCCGUUGUAAUAGAGUAGAAUUUGCAAUGAAUUCGACCGAGUCGAUGUGCUGUUGACUGUAUUCAAUAAAAAAUAUAUUGUGAAAGUUAAUUGUGGCCCUUGAGAUUGUUAAACUUGUUAUAAAAUCUCUGUACGUCCGAGUUCAAUCGUUAUUUAAAUAUUUUAAAUAAAUUGAAGGUACUUUUAUUUUUGACGAUAUUAUCAGAUUUUGAAUUUGUUUCCAAAUUUUCUUGUAUGGUAACUUACUUGCUUAGGUUGAAAUUGAGCAAAUAAUCGUCAAAGGCAAAGAAAACUAUAUACGCGGUUAGCGUAGCCACAUGAGAUAGAACUAUUCAAUACACCUAUAGCAGGUUGCAGUAGGCUGACUUGGUAAAAAACACGUCUCCUCGUGUCGCGUCGCGUUUAUUUUCCGAGUUAUUUCAACGAACGUUUAAACCGCCGCGACAUCACUAUCAUUAAUGCCCGUUAAUUUUCUCGGGGAAGGAGUCUUUUCCAAAAUAUAACAUUAAUAAAAUCACCCCAGUACAGAUUAAUUAUUUUAUAAAAUAUGAGAAAAAUAGAUUCAUAUCUUUGUUAAAAUUUUAAAAAUUAUAAUUUUUCGCAGCGGCUGUUUAAACGCUCGUAGAAAUCAUCCGAGCAAAAUAAACUAUAGUUCUACAUCGUAAUGCUAUAGUGACGCGCGUCGCUUCUACUUCUUCUAUGUGUACAUAGAGCCAUCGAAAUCACACGAAGGAUAUUCAGCGGCCAUCUUGGUCUCCUUUCGUUGUAAGAUUACACCAGUCUUAAAUGAGACAGAAAUAUUUUCGCUUUCGUUCGUUUGCUCUGUUUGGACGUAGUAUUAUCAAUUUGUUUGAAAAUAAAAGUGUCACAUCUAACUUAUGUGUUGAAUACGAGACGAAGUGGAGAAGUGUUAUGACGUAUGUAUACUGCUUCCAAUGUAUAUAACUUAAAAUAUUUUGAAAGUUGUCAACUUUUGGUUUUGUGAAAAAAAAUAUGCUAGGAAUAUGUGCAAAGAUUCUCGUUUGUUAGAAAGAGCUAUGAUAUAUGGAUCCUUAUAUAUAAAUGUAUCAAGAUAAUAAUAAUAAUAAAAAACUUUUUCGCUUUUGCUAACAGAAUUACAUCAUACUUUUAUGAUGAAGACCUUUGUUUUAGUUGCAAAAUGUCUCUUUCUGCAAACAUGUUUCUCAGUCAUAAAAUGUAUUUUUCUCGUAACGUCCUAACGUAGAACAAAAUCUAUGAUUUAAAAUUAGCAAUAAAUUAUUUUUCUUUAAAAGUCGUAAACUUUAUUCUAAUUCCUGUUUCGAUAUUUUGCGAAGGCGACAUUAGGAAAAAGAUACAUUAUAUGACUAAGAAACAUUUUGCGAAAAAUGGGCAUUAUACGACUGAGCCCAUAACGUCUUUUUCGCAAAAUGUUUCUACGAACUAAUUGAAUUCAUAUUUUAACACUUUCGUUAACAGAUGUUAACGAAAGUGUUAAAAUGUCAAUUCAAUUAAAAAAGAAUAACAAAACACGUCUUCCUAGUUCUAUUUUGUAAAUGACUGUCUUAAUUCAAGAUUUAAUUUUUCGUUGCGAUUACUAUGGUCUCGACUUUUACCCCAAAAGUAUGAUGAUAAGAAUGUAAUAUGUGUGUUUAUGGAGCCUAUUUUUUUUUGCACAUUUUGACGAAGGGGAAAAAUCAUAAUCCUCUUUUUCGCUUCGCUCUUGACGGCUAUAAGGUCACACUCGAAAAUAAUUUUCUUUCUUAUCAUAUUUUAUAUGCAUUUACAGGACUUGAUUGCUCGAGAUAAUACAUGACACAUACAAAAAAUAUUCGGUAUCAUGUUAUAAUUAACUGGUCCUUAAUGGUAUCUAAUUAUUUUGCCAGUAUAGGUACGUGUAUUGCAAUAGUUUAUGUUCUUGAUAUCCAAACAAAAUUUAAAAUAGUUUUUUCAAGUGACUUUUUAAUCUGCAAAUAGGUACAUAAUAAAAAAAUAGUCUUGAACAAAAUAGGCACCAUAAACAAAAAGAAAUAAUAAACUUUAUUUUCGUAAAGUUUCUUUAAAAAAUGCAAGCAUAACUUGCUAAAAUGGUUUUAUAAAAUCUAUAAACCAAUGGUUUUAUAACUAGUCCUUUUUAUAAGUAUCGUGGACCCCAUAUGGGAUCAUAUUUUUAAAUAGAUAUGUUGUUUAAAUCACUCAAUUAUUACUACUGGCAAUAAACACUUGAGUUAAAAGGGUAUUUUAUAUAAAAAAAUAUAUGAAAAAAGAAAAAAAAAACAUAAUGCUUUUGUAACUAAGUUGGUUAUUUAUUAAAUAAGUAAAUCUUCGAAAACUCGAA